UCAAACAGUUUUCGAAGAAUUCCGAAUUUCAAAUUUUCUAUUUUGACUGCAGGGUUAUCGGGUCCCCGAUCUCUGUUUAUUUCAAGUUAAAAUAGAUGUUAUCUCAUUAUGAAGCGCAGUUUGUUACCAUGUGCAUUGCCUGCGAAAGACGUAAGUGUCAGAGAACAUGACUACAGCAUCAGAGUGACAAGAGUCGCUGUAUCGAAGAAUAAGAAACAUGUUCGGAGGAACGCUACUUCAAACGAUCAACCCGACAUGUCUCAAAUGAACAACGAAUACGAAAUUACGGAGCUCUUCAUAGAGCCGAUCGUCGUAAAUGUUAUACGAGUGUUAGCUGCAAACGGAACCAUAACCCAACUGGCCACGAAUAUUCCUCUAGAAGAAAUUUGUCAUACCGACGAUGUGCUGGAACUAACGCCAAUGGAUCACCUACCGCUCGAUGAAGCGCUCUCAAAGUCAGUUUUCUUGAACGAAGUGUGCAAGGUUUGUCUGAAAGACCUCACCGAUUCACCGGAUAAGAUUCUGUUUCACGAUGAUUUCGGACAAGUUAGCGGAGAACUCGUGAACAUUAGUGCCGCACUUGAGUCAAUGAAUGUCGAGAUUACAAAUGACACCAGCGGACCGAAGCAGAUCUGCAUCGAGUGUUUUAAUAUCUUUUCGAAGAUGACGCUGUUCCAGCAGAUCUGUAAACGAUCCAAAUGUGCACUUGCCAACAUCAGUGAAUUUGUCGUCCAGCGACAAUCAAAUGUGAAAGUUGAAGCGAGGGACGACGUUGCACUUAUGUGUUAUUCACCCGUUGACAUUGUUGACAUAAAGGAGGAACAGGAUGAACUGCCAGAUCCAGAGUUAGUUAAUCAGCAAUUAAUCGAAAUGGACGAUAGUGUACCAGCAGUCAAUUCGAACGAUCCGGGCGUGCCCAAAUCAUUCAUUUGCAACCGAUGUGGAGGAAGUUUCGACCAUCGAAAUUCGGUUGUCUACCACAAACGAUACGAGCUGUGUGUCAAGGGCAUCAAUCCUCAGUGCAGAUUUUGUAAAGCAACAUUACCGACAGUUAUGGAUUUGGAUCAUCACUUGGAGAACGACCACACUGCCUAUCCGUGUACCAAAUGCGACAAAUCAUUUACCACAGUGACAAAGCUCAACAACCAUCAACGGUGUCACAAAGUGCUCAUUUGCGACUUUUGUGGACAAACGUUCUUUUCGAAACGACAGAUUCGCAAGCACUUGCAACAUCACGUUUUUAAUACGUUUGCUUGCUUGUUCUGUACGCAGUCGUUUAAAACGCCGAAGAGUCUCGGAGUGCAUAAGCGACGAGUUCAUCCCGAUGAAUUGUACAGAUGUCCACACUGUCCCAAAGAAUUCAAACUGAAAGACAGAUACCGCGUCCACCUGAUGAAACACAAUCCAGACAAACCUCACAAAUGCACAUUUUGCCCGUCACAGUUCGUACAUCGACACCAUUUGGAGAAUCAUGUUCGAACUCACACAAAAGAGACUCCGUUCCUGUGUAAUUUUUGCGGAAAAGCGUUUCGUGGUGAUGUCGCUCUGCGAGCCCAUUUAUCCACUCAUGACUCGGUAGCAUAUCCGUACCGGUAUCGCUAUCGCAAACCGCCGAAAAUUCAAAAUUGUAAACUCUGCGACUUCGUUUCAACGUAUGGCAAUCUUAAGAAACACAUGAUGCAUGAGCACGGUCAAGGCAGUGGUCGCAUUUCUAGGGAAUUCGAAUACUCGUGCCCCGUUUGCGAAAAGCAAUUUCGACUCGCUGCCAGCUUAGACAAUCAUGUGAAAAUUCAUAAUGAGGUGCGUAAUUUCCAUUGUACGUACUGCAAACAAUCGUUCAGGAAAGCCAAUUAUCUUCGACUGCAUAUCGACGGUGUUCAUUUGAACAAAAAACCGAACAAAUGCGAUCAGUGCAAUGCCGCUUAUUUGAUGUCAAACGAUCUGAGACGGCAUAAAUUGCAACGACAUUCCACGGAGCGACCGUUCGAAUGUUACUACUGUAGUAAGCGAUUCGCCCUGGCCUCUGCAUUAAAAGUCCACAUGAAACUGCAGCAUCGCGAGACAAUAAGCGAUUCAAAAAACUAAUGUCGGUUCGAACAAAGAAUUUGAAAUAAAAACAUUUUUCC